UAUCCCAUCGAGAGGGAAGGCUAACGGAGGUCAACCUUAGCACACAACCCAGCCACAAGUCCAUCAUUACUCUGGAAUUGCCUGUUCUAUUUUUUGGACUUUUCCUAAAGACACAGAAAAAUAUCACCCUGGUUGGAUUUAUUUUUCUACCAGUCUAACUGGAUUCGGCGUCUGUGUAAAGGAACAGACUGGACUAAAGUCUGCGUGUCUGAGUGAGGAACUUGAAAGAGAAGUCGUUGCACUCUUUCUGGCAGUGGUGUGCUUGUUUGAUUUAAAAAAAACAUUGAACUGUGGACUGUUAGAAGAAGUGAAAGUUCCCGAAGUGUAUGUGUGCUCAGAACGCUGGCUUAGGAGAAAAUGAUGUUAUUUUGACUAUAUUAUUAUUUAAUUGCCAAAGUUGUUCUGGAAGUGGAAUGCAAAGAGGAAAAUAGAAAGUUGCAUGGGGAGCGUUUUUUCGACCAUAUGACUGUCACACAAACAUCAUCCACCUCUGUGUUAGUGUGACUCACAGAGGAAGAAGAACGGUUGCCAUGUCAACACCCUGCCUGCCAAAGUAGAGCUGUGACAUACUGGUGUUUGAUACUGCCCACUGGUUUAGAGCAGUGGGUAGUUUGUAGCUGACUAGCAGUGAACAGGUGUGAGAGGGUGGGGCUAGGCAGAGAGAGGAAGAGGGGAGAGGAGGGAAGUAAUUCAGCUAAAGCUGUUUGUCUUUGGUCGACAGAAACCCUCCCCUCUCAGGUCACAUACCCAUUGUGUCAAGCGGAGGAUGUGGGGCUGAUUUAAGAGGGGUUUAGGUUUUUUUCUCAGCCAUCAGCAUACAUCAACUGUGUUUAUGUGCAAGAGAUACCUACAAUUGCUGAGGCCUUCUGGAAACCACAGGAUCUCUACACUGAGGAGCAGCUAUGACUUUCCAUAUGCAAUCAAUGUUUCCUUUUUUGGCCCAGGAAGCAGACCUGGCCCUCUGUCGCUGCGAGGACGGAGUGGAGACGGCAAUGCAGUACGCCAAGAUGUGGUGCCGCUAUGCCAAAGACCUUCUGGCCUGGAUGGAGAAGAGAAUCAGCUUGGAACAAGAAUUUUCAAAAAAUGUUAUAAAGGCAGCUGAAGGGGCAAAGGUGACUGUGGCACAGCAGGAAAUGAUGCCACUGCAGUACAUCUACACCAUGGCUCUAGAGCAAGACAUCAAGAACAGUGUGACAUCUAGAAGGACUUCUGAACUGCUACAAAACCGUUGUUAUCAGGCCUUGACUGCCAAGAGAAAUGAGAUCGAUAAGUGGCGCAGAGAGUUUAAAGAACAGUGGGCAAGAGAACAAAGGAGGAUGAACGAAGCAGUGACUGCUUUAAAAAAGGCCAGGCAGCAGUAUUUCCAGCGGUGUGAGGAGCUAGAAAAGGCUAAAGCUGUCUCUGCUAAAGCUGUGGAUGACACAGCUGGGAUCAAAACACUUGAUAAGAGAAGGAAGUCUAAGGAUGAAGCCCAGACUAAGGUGCUGGAGGCAGAGCUUCUGUACAGACAAUGUGUGAGUGAUGCCAGGAUCCACCAAGAGGAGCUAGUGAAGGUCAAAGAAAGAAUUAUUUCUCACAUUCGCAAGCUCAUCUGUCAGGGAGACACUGUGCUCAAGGAGGCCACAGUCAACAUGUUCUUCUACCAGCGGCAGCAGACGGAACCUAUUCCUCUUGGCUACCACAACCUGGAGCUGACGUGCAGAUCUCUGGAGCCUGGCGAGCCCUACCUGCUCUACAUCCUAAGCAAGCGCCGUCCAGAGCAGCCUGUCCAGGUCUUCAGCUUCCAGGAGCAUGUUUCUCAGGGCAAAGGCAACAAACGAAAAACCAGCAGUGGCCUCAGCACUCUGCAAGACUCUUUACCAGUGACAGAUGAUGUUUGUUACAGACGACCCGGAGAUGGAAGGAAAACAGGGUACAGUGACAGUGAGAGCAUUGGAGGCAGUCUAGAAUCUCUGUCCAGUCCUGCACACACUAAUAGGAGGACGCCCAAACCCACAUCCACUCUGACAGCGUCACUGGACGACCCUGACGACCGAGAUGUAGUGUCAGAAUCAGAGUACAUUGAUGGCCAGCCAGUCAAAGUGCGUGCACUUUCUCGAGCUGCACUAACACACCGACUCAAGAAAAUGAAGAGCAAGAUGGUCAAGUGCAAACAGUGUGACAACUACAUUGUUGUCAGUGGGGUUGAAUGUGAGGAGUGUGGGCUAGCUUUGCACAGGAAGUGCAUGGAGGUGUGUCAGCUAGAGUGUGAACACAGAAAAGGAACAGUGUUCGGAGUGGAUCUUUCUGUGCUCCCACGGCACACGCCAGAUGAGGUCCCCUUUGUGGUUUUGCGCUGCACCGCUGAGAUAGAGAGUCGCGCUCUCUCUAUCCAGGGAGUGUAUCGUGUGAGUGGGUCCAAGCCUCGCAUUCAGAAACUCUGCCAGGCCUUUGAGAUGCAAAAGGAGCAGGUGGACCUCUCUGACCUCUCACCGCAUGACAUCACCUCUAUCCUUAAGCAAUUCUUCAAGGAGCUCCCAGAGCCCUUAUUAACCUUUGACCUGUACAAUGAUUUCAUCGCGGUGGGAAAAACCAUUCAGCACCUGAGUGAAAGGGAGACACCACCAGACACUAAUGAGAUACUGGACAUCGUUCACAACCUGCAAAAGCUACUACAGAAACUGCCUACAUAUUGCUAUAGCACUUUGCAGCAUAUUAUGUGUCACCUGCAAAAAGUUUCAGAGAACUUUGAGAACAAGAUGUCCCCUAGCAACUUGGGGAUUGUGUUUGGGCCGACGUUAUUGCGUCCUCUAGUGUCUACGGACAUGUCAAUGAUUGCCCUGUUGGAAACCAGCUACCAGGCGGUACUUGUUGAGUUCCUCAUCACGCACCACGACAAGGUUUUUGGCCUUCAGAGACCCAGCACGCCCCCUCCUCCAGUCCCCACUGCACCACUUCCAGACACCCCACCCAGAGCUUCCUGUUCCAUGGAAGAGGUGGUUUAUGCUGACCCGGAGCAUGAAGCUUCCUCCAGAGAGCGACCACAUUCACUAGAAAGUCGAACAAUCAAGAGAGACUCAAGCGAGGGUUAUAUAUCUGACAAGUCUUCAUCCAAUGAGGCAGUGGACCAGCUCAGCCCUGAAGCCAAUGAGAGAGCAGUCCUGGCUCUGAGAGGGGCAACAAGUGAUCCUCUGGGUGAGUCAGUGGUGGAGACUGCCCCAGAUUUUGGGACCCAGCCGCAAUAUCGCUUCACCAGACAGCCUGUGAAGUAUUACCGGCAUCAUAACCCAGGAACCCGACUCACUAACCCGACUCGCACAGCCAGACAGCCUGCAACUCCAGCGAGGGGCCUUCCAGGGAGUGCAGACAGCAGCCGCAGUUCUUCUCCAGAGCCAAGGAUGCAAAGACUUUCCCAAAACUUAGAUGUCUACUGCGAGAACACUCACCAGCCCCAGCAGGUCACCAUUGCCCCUGAGAGUAAAGCUGACGCCCCACUAAGCCCUCGCGAGGUUGUGCAGUACAUGCUGGGAUUGGACUCAGCAUUUACAUCACCUGCAGCUGCAGCAUCAUCCUGUACAGCACAGGAGUCUACCCAGGAAGCAGCAGCAGGGUCUCAAACAGAUCAGAACAUAAAUCUGAACAGUAGCAGACAGCGUGCUGGUCAAAGCUACACUCUGUGUCAGUCACCAAAAACAGUUCCUAUUGAGCAGCACCUGACCUCACCAGCCCAGAAGAUCCUGUCUGGUCUUAAGCUGAGACGCAGCCACUCAGGGAAGGACGAGCAACUCUUUGUCUAAGGGGCUAUAAAAACCUGGAGACAUUUCACCGGAAUACAUUGACACGCACUGGAGAACUGCAUUAGCGUCAUUGUUACUGUGGCUAACAAUAGUUACUAAGAUCCACAUUCAUGUAGUUAUUAUAAAUGAAAACUCCUGUCUUCUACACAAAUUUCAUCCCUGUAGAACAGAACUGAACUGUCUUCAUUUACUAAAAAGUUAAAUGUACCAAACUAACAUUUAAAAUUGUUCAGGAUUGGUGCUUACACAGAUACCAUAACCUUAUUACCAUUUAAUCUUCUUUGAGAUUAUCUGUUGAUCUGUCUAAUACCCAGGCCAGACUAGAGAGGUUCAGGUAUUAAUCACUUUUCAUUACCUCUAAUGUCUCUGAAUGCAAGUGGUUGGAAAUUGGAGGUCACAAGAUGCAAAGCAGCACUUAAUGUUUUGUGCUGAACAAACUACAAUGGGAAAAUAUAAAUGAUUUCAAGUUUGUUUGUUUUUUAAAAUAUAUUAUUUUAUACUUGUCGUGAUUUUUAAAAAUAUUUUAGUUUUGUAUUUUUUGUAGCACCUGAACAGAUAUGCCUUCAGUGGUGUCAUGUCGAAGUUUAAUUUUUUAGUUUAAUGCACCUUUCCCGUUUCACCACAAGGGGGCGAUCUUCUCUCAGUGUGAGAGGAAAACAUGCCAGACACAAUAGUAGAAAGGAAAUAAAGCGUUUAUUUCUAAUUACA